GAUGGGCACCGCCAGCACGGGCACGGUGCACCACGGAGGAAUGCCCCCUCCCACGCGUGUUAAAAGUCCUACCUGGAACAUAUUAAAUUGAAGACUAAGGAUGAAAAUAAUACAUGAUGAAAGUGUACAGUAAAUGUAAGUGACUGAAGAAAAACAAGGGGAGAAAAAAUCCAGAGAACGUGAAGAAGAAGAAAAGGGAGAAUUCUCACUUCGGAGGGCGGAGUUAAGCGCAACAGCUGGCUCUUUUUAAAACGUGUUCCAUAAAACUGGUACAUAACAGGCAAUCGUCUUUUGUAAAUAAUCGGAGACUAAGGAACAAUUUCAAAAUCUGGUAUCGCAAGUAGUACAAGUAUGCAAAAAACGUUUUUGCUAAACGGUUUACAAUAGAAAUACAAUACGUCCGAUUUCUGGAAUAUGAUCUGGGACUUUCAUUGGGUUUUGAAGGUUUCUUUUGGUGGGUUUCGGGGAGUUUGACAUCCUAAAGAGAGAUAGGCUACAUCAUUAUGGACUGAAUGAGCCACUCACCUCAGACGUCUGUGAGGAGGGAGAGAGAAGAACUGGACAUCAAUCUUGUUGUCGGGAGAGACUGUGACUUGGAGACUUGCAACAUGUCCAUGUGGAUGAUCUUACCAGUGAGUCUACCAGUCUUCACCAUCACUGGAAUAUGGGUUGUAUAUGCCUUGGCCCUGUACAACCAGCAUGUGUGCUCUGUGGACAACUGGUCUUACAACCAAUCAUGUGAAGAGAAGCUAUCAGUCCAGAGGGGCCCAGUCUUGUGCUGCACAGUAGACAACAUACCACUCAUCAGUAAGUGUGGGACUCUGCCUCCCGAGAGCUGCUUCUUCAGCCUGAUCUGCAGCACGGGGUCCUUUAUAGUGAUGAUGAUUGGUCUGCUGAGGUAUGCCCUUGUCAUAGAGAAACACCAGAACUGUCUUCUCAACACGGCCAGUCUCUCCACUGGCUGGAUCUGUGCUACAGGCCUCAUCAUGGUGGGAAACUUUCAGGUUGACUUUGCCAAAGUCCUCCACUACGUGGGUGCUGGGGUGGCUUUCCCCACCAGUGUGCUGUUUGUGUGCCUACAAUCCGCCCUGACUUACCGGUUAGCAAAAACCCAGGGAGAAUACAACAUGGGCCACCUGCGUGUGGGAAUGACUCUGCUAGCUUUCGUUUCACUUGUGCUCAGUGGAGUCUUUUUUGUCCAGGAAAGCUACGCUCUGCAGCACGCCUCUGCCAUAUUCGAGUGGCUCUUCUGCAUGAUCAUCAUGCUCUUUUAUGGGACGUUUGCCUUUGAGUUCAGAGGCAUGUCUGGGGACACCCUGAUGGUCCUGGCCAGAGGUGGAGGGGUCCGGGUCUUAUCCAGCUCCGACCACAAGGUAGAAGUAACAGGGGGAUCAAACCACCACCAGCAAGAGACUCUGAGCAUGAUGUAGCCUAUCCAGAGGAAUUUGCAAUGCUCCAGACCAAUCACGUAUAAGCUGAAGGAUGGGUUGGUGGACAGUAUACAUACAAGAUGGAGGAU